UAGCCGACUCUCAAAGAUCUCGGUUUAAACGUACCGGAGUUUACAUGCAUGAUAUACAUCUUCUUGCUUUCUUUGUAGUCAUUCAUGGGGGGUAUGGCUGUAGCUGGUGCGCUAACAUCAGCGCUAAGGCUAAUGGCUAAAGCAGCUUUCGAGAAAUCAAACGACGGUCUACGAAAAGGAGCAAUGAUAUUCUUAGCAAUCGCAACAGUCAUAGUGUUACUCUGUGUGAUGUUAUACGCCUACGUGUUCCCAAAAUUCCCCAUUGUUAAGUACUACCGGAGAAAAGCUGCUUCUGAAGGUUCCAAAACUGUUUCUGCUGAUCUUGCUGCUGCUGGUAUCCAAAAUCCAUCAGAUUUGACUGAUGAUGAUGAUUCCAAGAAUCAAAGGCUAAGCAACAAAAAGCUGUUGAUUCAAAACAUAGAUUACGCAGUGAGUCUGUUCCUCACCUACGUAUGUACAUUAUCCAUUUUCUCCGGGUUCUUAUAUGAGAACACUGGAAAACAUGGGCUAGGCGAUUGGUACGCGCUUGUCCUGGUAGCAAUGUACAAUUGUUGGGAUCUGGUUGGAAGGUACACGCCGCUGGUGAAAUCGCUCAAGAUUGAGAAUAGAAAAGCGAUCAACUUCGCAGUUCUAUCGCGUUAUUUCCUAAUUCUGGCGUUCUACUUCACCGCAAAAUAUGGUGAUCAAGGAUGGAUGAUUAUGCUCAUUUCUGUUUUGGGAUUGACUAAUGGACAUCUCACUGUUUGCAUUAUGACUAUAGCUCCUAAAGGCUACAAUGUAAUCUCUAUCAACCCUUUUCCUAAGUAG